AUGGUCAGCUCCUGUUGUGGCUCCGUCUGCUCUGAGCAGAGCUGCUGCCAGCCCAGCUGCCUCCAGACCACCUGCUGCAGGACCACCUGCUGUCGCCCCAGCUGUUGCGUGUCCAGCUGCUGCCGGCCCCAGUGCUGCCGCCCUUCCUGCUGCAUCUCCAGCUGCUGCAGGCCCCAGUGCUGCCAGUCUGUGUGCUACCAGCGCACCUGCUGCCGCCCCAGCUGCUGCCGCUCCAGCUGCUGCCAGCCCACCUGCUGCAGGCCCACCUGCUGCAUUUCCAGCUGCUGCAGGCCCCAGUGCUGCCAGCCCUCCUGUUGCCGCCCCACCUGCUGCAUCUCCAGCUGCUGCAGGCCCCAGUGCUGCCAGCCCUCCUGCUGCCGCCCCAGCUGCUGCCGCCCCACCUGCUGCAUCUCCAGCUGCUGCCGCCCCUCCUGCAGUAGUUCCAGCUGCUGUGGCUCCAGCUGCUGCCGCCCCAGCUGCUGCCCCGGCUGCUGCUUCCGCCCAGUCUGUGGCCAAGUCUCCUGCCACACCAGUUGCUAUCGCCCAACCUGUGUCAUCUCCACCUGCCCCCGGCCCAUGUGCUGUGCCGUCCCUUGCUGCUGA